AUGUCCCUCCUCCUCCCACCACCGUCGCUCUUCCAUUCCAACUCCGCCUGCCAAAAUUUGCUAACUGUUGAUGCCACACGCUCCUUUUACCGUUCUAAAGCUUCAUGGCAAGAGGUUGCUGGUGUUUUGGUUUUCUCGGCAAUUCCAUUCACGGCGGUGAAAGCUAUCGCCAAUAGUCCUCUUGGGGAGGCGUUACAGAGGCGAAUGGAGGAGAAGAAGCAGUUUUAUCAGGAGAAUUCUUCAAAGUUUAAGGCACUUGCGGACGAGGCCAGAAUGGAUAGCAUGUGGUAUGGAGAGGAUCGUCCUCGCUGGCUCGGUCCAAUCUCAUUCGAAUAUCCUACCUAUCUCACCGGCGAACUACCUGGAGACUAUGGUUUUGAUGUUGCAGGUCUGAGCAAGGAUCCAAUAGCCUUGCAAAAGCUUUUUAAGUGA